ACAACCGAGCAUGCCAUGCAUAGAGCCAUGUGAGCUCCAAAGGCUACAGCACACACGCCGCGCAGCUUGACGCCCUUUUGGUGUUCUCUGCCAGUAAAGCGAAGCCCAUCUUGUGUGUCCCCUGUGUGCCGCUUCUUGCUAAGAAGUGGCAAAUGAGACGUACGUGAUGGGUGCGUAUGUGUUGGUGCUGCGCAGUUACAUCGAUCCCAACGUUUUACAAGAGAUUCCUCGCCUCCUCCUCUCCUCCUCCCAUCCCACUCCAUCACAAGAUUCCCCGCCUCCUCCUCCCAUCAGUGAGCGAGAGCGAGAGUGAGACUGAGACCAGCCGGUGGCCUCGCCCGUGCUCCAUGGUGAUUCUGCGCUCUCACAGGGACACGGAGACGGCGGAGAUGGCGCAGGGGCAGGGCAGCCCGGACCUGGUUGGUUUCCAGUUCUACAAGCUCAUGGCUGCCGGAAUGUCCUGGGAGAAGCUGGUGCUGCCUGACAAGUUCGUGAGGGGGCUCAACGGCCGCGAGCUCCGGGGCGUGAAGCUGCGGGUGGAGGGCGGAGGGGCGCGCGCGUGGGACGUGGAGGUCGUCGUCAACGAGUGCGGCGACAUGCACCUCGGCAGGGGCUGGAAGGAGUUCGUCCGCGCCAACGGCGUAGAGCUGGGGCAGCUCCUCGUCUUCUGCUACGACGGCGCCGGCGCCGCCCUGCUCACCGUCAAGGUGUUCGACGACUCCGAGUGCGGGAGACACUGCAGCCAGCGCGAGGAGGAAAACGACAGCGCCGAAGAGGAGUCCCCGCCACCGGCGUUGCCAGGGAGUGGAAGCAGCAGCAGCGACGGCGUCGUCCAUGGCGGCGGAGGCGGCGCCGCGCCGAGUCGGUUCACCGUGACGCUGGGGCAGUGCCACCUGGGCACCAAGAAGAAGCAGUACCUGAACGUGCCUGUGGAGUUCAGCCAGUCGCACGGGUUCACGGAGAAGGGCAGGGUGGUGCUGCGGAUGCGCGGGCAGCAGUGGACCGUCUGCCUCAAGCACAGCAACCGGCGCAAGGGCAACGCGAGGACCCGCACGGCGCUGAGGUACGGGUGGAACCGGUUCCGCGUCGACAACGGCCUCCGCGUCGGCGACAUCUGCUUCUUCCAGCUGGUGCAGGACGCCGGCGGCGACGACCCGGUGCUCAGCGUCGAGGUGCGCAAGGCGGACGGCACCAUCGUCCAGUGACGACUACUGGUUCGUGUUAAUUUGUGCCUUGAGCUUGAUGUGAUGGCAAAUAAGCAAGGAAUGGAUUGUAUGAUGAACCACGAUCUGGAUGUUGGAUGAAUGAACUGCUUUUAUUAUUUAGUAUUAGUAGUACUAUAA